AUGGCGUCAGCUCAAUUUUUAGAAGAUGCUCUUUUCAAAGACGUUGACGAGUCCGACGUAAAUGCCAUUGUAGGGUCUCUCGAAAAUCAAUUAGAAACCCCGUCAUCUUCUCAAAAUACUAUUGGAAUUAAUAAUCAAAGUCAAAAUAACGUAAACGCGAGUGGAAGUGCUAUUAAUGGCGUACAAAAAUUUAUAAUCAGCCAAACCAACCCUAACGAACUAAAAAGUGUUAACUUUGCAGUUUCUAACCCUAAUACACGGGUUUCUUACAGUAAUUUACAAGGUCCAGUGCAUUCUACCUACAUUAAUGUGUCACAAUCACUACAGAACAGUGCUUCCAAAAGCAAUGAUCCCGUGAAAGUUAUUUACUCUCAAACUUCACAAUCGCUAGUGAAUCCUGUAACAUCCAAUAUAAUAACUAUCCCACACUCAUUGUCUAACGGAAGCAUAGGACUAGCUCCUCAGAACUUUAUUCAAAGCGUGCCGCAAGCAAGUGUCGGUGUUAACCAGAACUUUAACAAAUCUUUGACCAUGCAGCCACCGCUCGUCAUUAAACAAGGCACUACAACGGGCCAAGUGGGUAUACAACCUGGUAUGGUAACUGUACCCAUGACAGUAAACUCCAGCAUGUCUGGCUCAAUACAGAAUGUGAUGACCUUAACUAAAUCUGCAGGACAAACUGUGGUGCCCUCAUCUCAAACUAUGGGUGGCAAUUCACAGCCUACAAUAAUUCCCAAUGUUCAAAUAUUAAAUAUGAGGCCUGGAGCACCAGGAGUGACUGCACCCAAGUCUGUGGCUACUGUUUCACCUAGAGUAGUAAUUGGAGCACCGCAAGUAGUGGGGUCGAGGCCGGCCGCGCCUGGGAUAACGCUGCAAACACUACAAGGUCUACAACCGGGGCAGCAGGGUCAUUUGUUGUUAAAGACUGAGAAUGGUCAGUACCAGCUGCUGAGGGUGGGGCCGGCGCCUGCGGCCAGCACGCUCGCUGCGCCCCCGGGCCAGACCAUCCGCCUGUCGACCGUGCCGGCCCACCCUGGUGUGGCGACCGUGUCGACGAGCGUGGCGACGCCGCAGAUGCAGCCGCAGCAGAUGGCCGGGUCUCCCGUGCCCGCGCCCAUGGUGGCCGCCUCCGUAGCCUCGCCAUCGCCCGUCUCGCAGCCCGCCGUCACCACACAGAAACCCUCAGAUAACACAAAGGAGAAGUGCAGAAACUUUCUCGCGAAUCUCUUGGACUUGUCCAGUAAAGAGCCGAAGUCUGUCGAGAGGAAUGUCCGGAAUCUCAUCCAGGAGUUGAUAGACGCUCAAGUGGAGCCCGAGGAGUUUUGCGACAGGCUCGAGCGACUGCUCAACGCCAGCCCACAACCGUGUCUUAUAGGGUUUCUCAAGAAAAGCUUGCCACUACUGCGGCAGUCGCUAGUGACGAAAGAGUUGAUAAUUGAAGGCAUCAAUCCCCCGUCGCCCCAUGUGGCGUUUUCCACUGGACCGACUCCGCCAGCCCAGGCCACCUUGGCUGGCACAAAUAUGCACUUGAGUGAUUACGACAGCAAUGGCAGCAGCGGCAGCAAUGGUCAUACCUUGACCACGUUGAUGCCUGCGCUGCCGUGCACGAUGCCGUCCUCGCCUACCAUGCAUUAUAAUAUAAUCUCACCCACAAUGCAGGUCCUUAACUCCCAGAGUGAUUACGACAGCAAUGGCAGCAGCGGCAAUGGGCAUACCCUGACAACCCUCAUGCCCUGCACGAUGCCGUCCUCGCCUACGAUGCAUUAUAAUAUUAUCUCGUCACCCACAAUGCAGGUCAUUAACUCCCAGAGUGAUUACGACAGCAAUGGCAGCAGCGGCAGCAAUGGGCAUACCCUCACAACUUUGAUGCCUGCGCUGCCCUGCUCGAUGCCGUCCUCGCCUACGAUGCAAACCUAUAGCAUAAUAUCGUCACCCACAAUGCAGGUCCUUCCGUCCGUCCUUAACUCGCAGAAUACGCCGCUUCAGUCGCAGCCUUUGAAGGUGAACAAGGUGUCUUCGCCGAAGAGUUCCAUGUCCCUGGGCAAGGGCUACCGAGGGUCGCCCCAGCCGUCUGCCGCGCUGUCCACUGUGCUCACGCCGGGCAAGUCACUACUGCGGGACAAGGAGAAGAAAGCUACGUCUCAGUACUCGUCUCAGCAGUUCGCUGACGACAAAAUGGCAGGUGACGACGACAUCAACGAUGUAGCCGCCAUGGGUGGUGUCAACCUGGCAGAGGAAUCGCAGAGGAUCCUCGGAUCCACUGAGCUCAUCGGCACGCAAAUCAGAUCAUGCAAGGACGAGUGCCUGGUCCCGUCAGCCGCGAUGCAGAGCCGGCUGAAGAUUGCGGCCGCGUCGCACGGGCUGGAGGAACCCUCGGCCGAGGUCACUGGCCUCAUCAGCCAUGCGGUCCACGAACGACUGAAGAACAUUGUGGAGAAACUGGCGGUCAUUGCGCAGCACAGGAUUGACAUGGUUAUUAAGGCCGACUCCAAAUACGAGGUGACUCAGGACGUGAAGGGGCAACUAAAGUUCCUGGAAGAGCUGGACAGAGUGGAGAAGAAGCGGCGUGAGGACUCCGAACGCGAGCUGCUGCUGAGGGCCGCCAAGUCCCGCUCCAAGAACGAGGAUCCCGAGCAGGCUAAACUGAAGGCCAAGGCCAAGGAAAUGCAGCGCGCCGAGCUAGAAGAGCUCCGCCAACGCGAGGCCAACCUGACGGCUCUGCAGGCCAUCGGGCCGCGCAAGAAGCCCAAACUGGAGGGCGGCAGCAACGGCGGCGGCGACUCCGCUAACACGACAAGCUCGCAGUCCAACUUCGGCAUGAGCAGCCGCAGCCAGAUGGCUCUGCGCACCCGGCUGAAGCGCAUCAACCAGCGCGACCUCAUCCAUCUCAUGGAGCAGGAGCGGGACACCUCGCACUCGCACAUGCUGUACAGCUGCUACCUCAAGUGACCCUCCCUCUCCGAGCGCUGGGACGCUCACAAACAGAACUGCGAAGACAGUUCGCAAGAAGACCUCUAACAGGAAGCAUACAGUUCGGACGACGAACUGUAUGGGGACAUUCAAUUUUAGUGUCGUAAGCGAAGAGCGUGCAGUGUAUAUAGUUUGUAAAUAGCUGUAGAUAUGUAAGUGACGAAGGUGAUGAAUAGACGAUAAGACACAUUAGUUGCAGUUAUGUGCCUUUGUUAUUGCGGAAGAUCGUUCAAUACUUGCAGGUUGAUUUUCAAUAUUCAUAGAUCAACCUUUUGUACUUUUGUCAAAAUUUGAUAGGCAUCUGUUGAUUUGCAUGAGGGCUUCCUAGCCAAGGACCAUGUUUCCAUAUACAAGGGAAUGAUACAUUGUGAUGCUUGGGCGAAAUUUUGUCACUACAGUAGAGUGAAAGGAUUAGAUAUUGAUGCGAGUCAAUAUCCAAUUCUUUUUUAUUAAUGAAAUAAGGCCACUAAAAAAAAUAUUUUUAUAUUAUGCACACAGUCCAGAAAAGAUAGUAAUCGAGCAAGGUGUAUUGAAAAAUAUGAUUAAAAUCGUACUGAUUCCGUACAAUAAUAGAUGUAUGGUUAGUUGCAAUUUUCUACAUUUUAGAAGAUUGAAUAGCAUAGG